AUCGCCCUCAAUGACUACAUGAUCAAAUGAAUGGAUUUAUUUCUGGCGAAUAAGAAAGACAGUCUUCCCAUCAAAAGGACUACAUUGCAUCCCAGUGAGGAAUUUUAAAGCGUUAUUAUUGUGGCCACUGAAUAGCUCGAAAUCGGCUUUACCAGCAGCCUUAAAAAUGCAACAAUUGCCAGGAGAAGGAGCAGAUGAUGGUGAUAGUGGGAAUGAAAGCCGGAGUGGAAGCGAGGAAACAAAUGUUUGUGAAAAAUGUUGUGCAGAAUUCUUUAAGUGGAGUGAUUUCCUGGAACACAAGAAGAACUGCACUAAAAAUCCACUGGUGCUCAUUGUGAAUGAAGAUGAAGCCACCCCAGCUCCUGAAGAAUUUGCAGAGCCUUCUCCUGCAAGCUCACCUAGCGAUCAAGCGGACAGCGAGGCUUGUGAAGAAAGCGUUCAAGCUGAGAACAAUGAGAUCUGUGAGAUAAAGAAUACAGAAAAGGAAGAAGAACCCAUGGAGGUAGAACCUUCUAUAGAAAAAAGCUACUCCAAUCCAGGCACCUCUAGUACAGCUACGCCACUACCUCAAAUUAGCGAGCCACCUUCUUUGACAGGUUAUAACAUGCCAAACACUAAUGUAACCUUAGAGACAUUGUUGAGCACUAAAGUGGCAGUUGCACAAUUCUCGCAGAGUACAAGAUGUGCAGCUAACGCAACCGCAGCGAGUGGGGUUACAGCAAUGGCCAUCCCAAUGAUUCUUGAGCAGCUGAUGGCGUUGCAACAGCAGCAGAUUCACCAGUUGCAGCUGAUCGAACAGAUCCGGAGUCAGGUGGCCAUGAUGAACCGACAGCCAUUACGUCCUACUUUAAACACGACUCCUUCCCAAAGCACUCCUGUGCAAGCCACUAACCAGCUCCAGGGAUUUGCCGCAAACUCUGCUCUUCAGUUAGCAGCAGUUGUUCCUUCUGCCAUAGUGGCCCAAGCCACUGGCAAUCCACCAACUGCCUUUGAGAGUACUCAGCACAUAUCAAGGCCCACGUCAGGUGCAAGCACUCCUAACAUGUCAAGCAAUGGUUCUUCUGUCCCAAAUGAAACAAGCACACCAUCUUCGUCUAAUGCAAUUACUUCUUCUUCAUUAACACCGGUUUCUGUGUCAAAUAUUACUAGCAGCUCUUCACAGCCCCCAAACCCUUCAACUCCACCUUCAGUAGGACCUGGAAAUCUCCUCGCCUCAACUUCCAGCCUGCCAAACCCACUUCUACCUCAGACUGCAUCCAGUAGUGUAAUUUUUCCCAACCCGCUGGUUAGCAUAGCUGCAACAGCUAAUGCAUUGGAUCCUCUCUCUGCUCUUAUGAAGCAUCGCAAAGGAAAGCCACCAAAUGUAUCCGUUUUUGAGCCUAAGACAAGUUCUGAGGACCCUUUUUUUAAACAUAAAUGUAGAUUUUGUGCCAAGGUUUUUGGGAGUGAUAGCGCUCUACAGAUUCACCUGCGUUCGCACACAGGGGAAAGACCUUUUAAGUGUAACAUUUGUGGCAAUCGGUUUUCUACUAAAGGCAAUCUAAAAGUUCAUUUUCAGAGACAUAAAGAAAAGUAUCCACACAUUCAGAUGAAUCCAUAUCCGGUUCCAGAAUACCUCGACAAUGUUCCCACUUGUUCCGGAAUUCCAUAUGGGAUGUCAUUGCCACCAGAAAAACCAGUUACUACAUGGCUGGAUAGCAAGCCCGUUUUAUCAACUGUCCCAACUUCAAUUAGUCUGCAACUUCCCCCUACAAUACCAGGCGUAAACAGUUACGGGGAUUCCCCAAGUAUUACUCCCAUGAACAGAUCACCCCAGAGAACAUCCCCCGUGUCAAGUGAAUGCACUUCUUUAUCCCCAAGCCUAAACAAUUCUGAGUCAGGCAUUCCUUUGUCUGCAGAAUCCCCACAACCAAUUCAUGGUAGUUCAACCAUGACUAAAACUGAACCUGUUAAUAUUCCAGUAACAAAUGCAAGGCUGGGAGAUAUUUCUAUAAGUGGUCAGGUUUCUGUAGUACCCACCUCUACAGCUUCUAGUGCUGUUACUGAAAGCAGUAUUUCUACAAGCCUCCCAAACACUGUGCUUCCAGCAUUGUCUGACCAGUUCAAGGCUAAAUUUCCAUUCGGUGGUCUAUUGGACUCUAUGCAAACAUCAGAAACCUCAAAACUGCAACAGCUAGUAGAAAACAUUGAUAAGAAGAUGACAGAUCCAAAUCAGUGUGUCAUUUGUCACCGUGUGCUCAGUUGUCAGAGUGCUCUCAAGAUGCAUUAUAGAACUCAUACAGGAGAAAGACCAUUUAAAUGCAAAAUUUGUGGACGUGCAUUUACUACAAAAGGCAAUCUAAAAACACAUUUUGGAGUUCAUCGAGCGAAGCCACCACUUAGAGUACAGCAUUCAUGUCCCAUUUGUCAGAAGAAAUUUACAAAUGCUGUUGUUCUUCAGCAGCAUAUUCGUAUGCAUAUGGGUGGGCAAAUUCCAAACACACCAUUACCAGAUGGCUUCCAAGAUGCUAUGGACUCAGAGCUUUCUUUUGAUGAAAAGAAUGCAGAGACACUGAGCAACUAUGAUGAUGAUAUCGAUGAAAAUUCCAUGGAGGAGGACAUUGAAUUAAAAGAUAAUAUAAGAGACCCCUCCAUGCCACUUCUACCUUAUUCUGGAUCGUGUCCAUCUUCUCCCCCAUCUGUAAUUUCUAGCAUUGCUGCUCUUGAGAAUCAAAUGAAAAUGAUCGAUUCUGUCAUGAACUGCCAACAGUUGACCAAUUUAAAAUCUUUAGAAAAUGGGUCAGGGGAAAGUGACCACUUAAGCAAUGAUUCUUCAUCAGCUGUUGGAGAUCUGGAAAGUCAGAGUGCAGGGAGUCCUGCCAUGUCAGAAUCAUCUUCAUCCAUGCAAGCGCUGUCUCCUGAAAAUAGCAACUGUGAAAGUUUUAGAUCUAAGUCACCAGGUUUCAGUAACCACGAGGAACCACAAGAAAUACAAUUAAAGAAAGAAAAAUCUGACAGUCCCCCACCACCUGCUAUUGAAAAUGGAGGCGCAUUGGAUCUGACAGCCACCAACCCCGGGAGGCCAGUCAUCAAAGAAGAAGGUCCUUUUAGCCUGCUGUUCCUGAACAGAGAACGUGGUCCCAGCCAAAGUACUCCUAGCCUGGUCACCAGCACUGCGCCUACUAUGAUCAAAAUGGAAGUGAAUGGUCACAGCAAGCCGAUCUCAUUGGGCGAGGUUCCAUCGCUUCCAGCUGGAAUCCAGGUUCCUGCUGCACCACAGACAGUGAUGAGUCCUAGCAUCACCCCUAUGCUGGCACCCCCACCACGUCGAACUCCAAAACAACACAACUGUCAGUCAUGUGGGAAGACCUUCUCGUCAGCAAGUGCACUACAGAUACAUGAACGCACCCAUACUGGUGAAAAGCCAUUUGGAUGCACUAUCUGUGGUAGAGCUUUUACCACAAAAGGGAAUCUUAAGGUUCACAUGGGAACUCAUAUGUGGAAUAAUGCUCCUGCACGGCGUGGGCGUCGACUGUCCGUGGAAAAUCCCAUGGCUUUGUUAGGUGGGGAUGCUUUGAAGUUUUCAGAAAUGUUCCAGAAGGAUUUAGCAGCUCGGGCAAUGAAUGUUGACCCAAAUUUUUGGAACCAGUAUGCUGCAGCUAUUACUAAUGGACUUGCGAUGAAGAACAAUGAAAUUUCUGUCAUACAGAAUGGAGGCAUACCCCAGCUCCCAGUAAGUUUAGGCGGAAGUGCCAUUCCGUCUUUAAGUAACAUUUCCAGUGGAAUGGACAAAGCUCGUACUGGUAGUAGCCCUCCCAUCAUUGGUUUGGACAAAGCGAAUUCUGAAACGGGAGCCAAUCGUCCAUUCACAAGGUUUAUUGAGGAUAAUAAAGAGAUUGGCAUAAAUUAAAAGCAUUCAGUACAAAUAACUGUUGGACCACUGCUCAGAUACAACAUUUGUUCUUUCAUGUACAGUUUGGGAAAUUAAACUUUAGUUUUGUGGCCUAAUUGCCUAGAUAACUCUUAUGAUUUAUCAAUAGCAGAAAUACAAUAACUUUGUGUCUGCUGAAAAGUUGUCUCGCAAGAUUGCAUGGUACUACUUCAAAGGGAGCUGACCAUUAGUGAGAACUUAUGAACCUUUUUUUUUAAAUUUAAGGAAAUGAUAAAUCAUUGGAUAAUUCCAUUAGGGACUGAAGGAGGCCAAAUUGUUUCAAAUUUUGUUUCAAAAAAAGCAAAGAUGCCACCAGUUGAGUAAAAGUGGGGUUUCACAAUGGCAUUUCAGUCCAGUUCUAUCUUUGCUGAUUUUCUUCGACUCAACUAGAAACUUGAACUGUUUUUAGAAUUCCUCUAACAUUCAAUAAGUGAUUUAGUACCCUAAUGCUGUCUAAGAUUACAGUAUUCUUGUCUGUAGUAUUUAUAAUGUAAAGAUAAUGCGGGUAACAGACAAUAUACUAGCCCCAUUCUUAAAUGAAGCUUUUGUAUGGCAAAAUACACCUGGCUAUGUGACUUUUUUUUAAAGCAAGUUUUGUUUUACUAUAAAUAAGUGGUUUAUUUUGAUGCAGGCAAAAUUGUGAAGUUUUAUUGGGAAAGAUAGCAUGCUUUCAAUGUGCAAGUACCUGUCAGUAACAAACCAUUUUAAUUUAAAUCUUUGUAGCUGCUAUGUGGACAGUUGUUCUAUUAAAUGGAAAAAGUGUAGUGUGAACUUCAGUUCAUAGUUGGAAAAACAAGUUACAGACAAACCUUAUUACAAUAGAUUAUUCACAACACUAUAAGCAGUUGUGAAUAAAACACUUCAUGUUAUCAAAGGCUGUACAAUAAAAGGCAGUGUUUGUAUAAUGUGGUUGCAAACUCUUAAUUUAUACUAUUGCACUUUUAGUAUUUUAUAUUUAGGGAGGUUUGUCUAUAAUUUGAAUCUGAACAAAGAUGUAAACUAUUUUAUAAAUAGUACUUUGGCUUGAGGAAAAAUGGGAGAAGGGUUUGUUGUGUUUGUCUUUAAGGUCAAACAGUAUGAAAGAUCUGUGCUCCUUUUAAUAAAAAAAAAUCUGCUAAGAACUGUCAGAUUCUUGGAUAUAAUGGGCCCUGCCAUUUCUUAGACCAAAAUGAUUCAUUUAACUUUUUUGUAAGCCCACCCUCCAACAGACCUUUGAUAUGUUAAUCUUAGGGCUGUGAUAUCAGUGCAAGUCUAAGAGAGGCUAAAGAAAACAUUGUGUAGGCUUAAUUUUGCUGUAAUCGGUUCUGUCUCUUUCACUCCCACCCACAAACUCGAUGCUGACUGCUUAAUAGCACUGGUAUGUAAAGCAAAACAGAAAACAAAAAUUCUAAAAACUUGUACGCAAAUUCCCAAUCUCUCUGUUUUAUUUAAUAUUCUAAGAUUUACUACAAAGCACAAUGUACUCUGAAUACGCUAAUAUAAUUUUCAUGUGUUUAAAGCAUUGUUUAAAAUUGUGACUAAAGGGAAUGUUUCCACUCUGAACUAGAGUGCUGGUGUGGUUGGGGCAUAAUCAAAACUUGAACAGUAAAUGUUUUUGUGUACUACCUCAUUUUUGUGCAUUACAAGCAUGGUGGAAUCUGAC